AUGUGCACUACCCUGAGCCCGAAGGCACGAGGGCCUGGCCUCUCCGACAUGCACCAGUACAGUCAGUGGCUUGCCAGCAGACAUGAGGCCAACUUGCUGCCAAUGAAGGAGGAUUUGGCCCUCUGGCUCACAAACCUACUGGGUAGAGAAAUAACAGCAGAAACCUUUAUGGAGAAAUUGGAUAAUGGUGCCUUGCUUUGCCGGCUAGCUGAGACCCUGCAGGAGAAAUUUAAAGAAAACAGCUUUGAUGCAAACAAGCCUGCCAAAACCUUACCAGUUCGGAAAAUUCCAUGCAAAGCCAAUGCUCCUUCAGGGUCUUUUUUCGCACGGGACAACACAGCAAAUUUCUUAUCCUGGUGCAGAGAUGUAGGUGUGGAUGAUACCUGCCUGUUUGAAUCAGAAGGUUUGGUACUCCACAAGCAGCCAAGAGAAGUGUGCCUUUGUUUGCUGGAACUUGGAAGAAUUGCAGCAAGGUGUGGGGUGGAACCUCCUGGAUUAAUUAAAUUGGAAAAAGAGAUUGAACAAGAGGAAACACUUUCAGCUCCCCUUCCAUCUCCUUCACCAUCACCCACAAAGUCUCCUGGGAAAAAGAGCACAGGGAAACUGUUGGAUGAUGCUGUUAAGCACAUUUCUGAAGAUCCACCUUGUAAAUGCCCUAAUAAGUUCUGUGUGGAGCGUCUUUCGCAGGGAAGAUACAGAGUUGGAGAGAAGAUCCUUUUUAUUAGGAUGCUGCACAACAAACACGUGAUGGUUCGUGUGGGAGGAGGCUGGGAGACUUUUGCAGGUUACUUACUGAAGCACGACCCAUGCCGAAUGCUUCAGAUCUCCCGAGUGGAUGGGAAAACAUCUCCAAUCCAGAGCAAGUCUCCAAACAUCAGGGACAUGAAUCCAGACAAUUAUCUGGUUGUUUCUGCCCAUUACAAAACCAAGAAGGAAAUUAAGUGAAAUAAGCUUCUCAUGUGAGUGGGACUUCAUGUAUGUAAGUCCAAAUUAUUCUCCCAAGCGUAGUGAAUUUAGUUAAUGCUUUAAAACGACUUUGGAAAAUUUAACACAGACUGGAAAUGACACCCCAUUUUGAAGAUCUUUGAAUUUAGAACUAUUUAUUUCUAGUACUGGAUCUUUUAUAGCAAAUUACCCUUGAUAGGCAAAUUACUACAAUCGGAUAAUAAACAGACAUAUCUUUUUAGCCAAAUUAUUACUCUUUAUUAUGUGAAUGUAUACUUAGAGCUACAUAAAGCAGUGAAUCCUGUUAAUAGAAGAAAAUACGCAAUGAAAUAUUAUUUGUACCAAAAUCUUACUACUUUGAAUCCCUGACUGUUAGUCUAGUUGAAAUAUAUAUAUGCAGGUGGAAAUUGGGUAUUUGGAGAAAUUAUUUGGUAAUGUAUCUUGAAAUGAAAUAAAAAUUGACUAUUUGUAGGUUUUGCAAUCUUUUCUUAAUUAGUAGAAUAUAAUGGCUUAUUGCAUGCCAAACAACUUCUCAAAGCCAUUACUUAAAAGAAAAAGCCCAAGAAACCCCUUCACACCAUUUUACUAUUUAAAGCUGAAGACAAUGCUGAGUGUUCGAUCUAUGUGUAGAUCCUUUCUGUUUUUGACAAAGCUGCCCAAUGUGGAAGCAUGGGGAAGUGGAGAGAUUGCCCCUUCCUGUGUCAGCCAGUAGAACUGGUUGGUCAUACCAGGGGAUGUUCUGCAGCCCAUGAGGGAAGCAGUAAAGGUGCACAGCCCUCAGACCCAAGGAAGAGCUUCAGAAAAUUAAAGUCCCGCUGGAGUCACAAAACAUGGCUCUGUUCUUGGAUAUGAACUUUUCUUUUCCCUUCUUUUUAAUGUUGUUGGUUAUUGUUAAAUGUGAAAUAUUCAUUACCCUGUAAAUAGAGUGAUUCACAUUCUCAAAAAUCAUUCACAUACCUCUAAUACAGCUAAAGGCGUAUGUGGGCUUAGUUCAUUAUUUUGGCUACUUUUCUAUGUUUAUAUUUGGUAAUUUAUGUGCCUUGUAACAUCCUAGAAAAAUCAUUUUAUAGGAUUGUUUCACUGACUGUAUAAAUUUAAAAAUGAAAUAAAAUUUUUAAAAUACUCAUA